AUGAGUGGUAGAGACUAUCAAUCAAGAUAUAUAGCAGAAUUCAACCAACCAAUGGCCAAUGUAAAUAGUCCAAUGUUCCAAGAGCAUAUGUCACUCCACUCACAGCAGCUGCAGCAUUUACAAGCGUAUCAGCAGACGGAGCGACAGAUGCACUUGCUACACAGUCAGCUACUAAAUAAUUCAGUGGCUGCACACUUCCACCCUUAUCACCAACAACAACAACAACAGCAACAGCAACAGCAACAACAUCAUCAUCCACAACACUCACCACCUUCAUCAUCAUCAUCGUUGUCUGCACUGCAGCAUCACAAUCAUCAACAUCAACAACACAUUGGACAGUCAUCGUCGUCGCCGCAGUCGUCACAGCAGCAGCAACAGCAACAGCACUACUCAAGCCUGAACCCAUUCUUCCAGCUACACAUGCAAAUACACAGUCAACACGUUUUACACAAUCACUUCCCUCAACAACAACAGCAACAGGUGUCGACAUCGCCACAACAACAACAUCAUCACCAUCCUCAACAUCCUCAUGCCGCACACCUACAUCAACAACAUCAACAACAUCAACAACAUCAACAACAACAACAACAACAAUUUAAUCAUCCACAUUCAAACAUACAUAGCAAUCACCAUCGCCUUCACAAUGCCAACCUACAGAGCAACCACAUCCACCUGCACCAACAGCACAUCUCUGCCGUUGCCGAACAACUGCAGCACUCCUACCAGGAUGGUAACGAACCGCUGGACACCUACGAAUCACUCUUGGAGCUCCAAAAUGUGCCCAAGGGUAUACCACCAAGUGAACUCGCCAAACUCAAACGACAUGUCUACACACCAACCAAUGACAAGAGUGAUGCGAGCAACAACACCUGUGGAAUAUGUUUAGAACAGUUUAAAGAGGGCGAUAAACUUAUACUCUUACCUUGUUCACAUCAGUAUUGCGAGGAUGAGAUAAAGAAAUGGUUCGAGGACAAUAAUACAUGUCCGACAUGUAGGCGACCACCGAUUUUAAAU